AUGCUGUCCGUGUGGUUGGUGGUGUUAUCCACCCUCGUCGCCGCGAGUCUUGGAAGCAUUGCUCCAGGGAAGCGAUCUGAUUUUUCCAUGUCUGACAACCAGUUUUGUAAGUGAGUUUCAGAUUGCCAUAUCAUAUGGUUUUGUUGCGAAUUAGAGUCCAAAUUCAAGAAUACAACCUCGUGAAUCGCAUAUGUUAAAUCAGUUUAAUGGAUUCAUAAGAAUUUUGAAUUCUUUUGACAGUCUGAGGAAAAUUCCGUGCGAUAAAAUUUCAACGAUGAAUUCGAUUUCGAAGAACUUACGAUCAACACAGCAUAACCUUUUGUACUACAUCUAAAGCUAACUAUUCCAUGCGUAGGUUGAAUCGAUUUUGUGAUGAGAAUAAUUGAUAUCAGAGAUAGGUAAACAGUGAACGUGUUUGCAGAUCGCGUCGGAGACACGAAACUGGAUGAUGAGGUCACAGACUGUGCUCUUGUAGAACAUCAGUUCAAGAAAGGAUAUAUCCGAUUGCGAGAGUAUCUGGAGCGGAGAAGGGGAUGUGGAAGACAAGGUAACUUACUAAUAACUCUUCUCUGCGAGCUGAAUAUAUCAAAACCGUAAUAAAGGAUUAUUUUGGUACCUGUAACAGGUGGAUGGUUUUGACGAAAAGCUUGACAUAUAAGUUUGGACGAAGGCAAGACGGAAACUGGGUCUAGUGCACGAAAUAAAGGCUGGCUAAUAACUUUUUUUCCGCUCAAUAUUAAUGUCGAUCUGAAAGACAAACUCGGGCUUUUGAGUCGCUGUUCGUGUUCAUGGCUAAACCCAAAUAAAUUUUAGCAGAGACAACCCAAAGAGAAGAAGGGCCAAACGGAUAGAGUGAAACAAUUCGUUUGCUAGUUUGUUAUAAUUAAUUUAUUGAGCAUUUUACCAGUUGGCCUCGAGGUGAUGCACUUGACCCAGUUCCCCUGGAUCACAGCUUUACCUGGCACAAAGGUUUAUUAAAAAGAGUCUCCAAUGUUAGAGAGAUGAGUAAAUUAAAGAGAAGCGUGUCGAGUCACUGACAUGAAAACGCUAAAGUUUAGGUAGCGCAAAACUCUUAGAGCGUCAGUUUCUGCUUGUUUUCAGGUGGAUUAUCGUACCUCAAAUCUUCCUCUGAAAUUAUGAUCAGAAUUCAGUGCGCAACUUUAAGUGUUAAAAUGUUUGAUACUCUUCUGCGUUUUAAUCAAUCGUGCUUUACUUGGUUUCUUCUCUUUCAAAAGACCGCUUAAUUUUGUCACUAUAAUGAAACCAGUUUGUUUGGAUAAACACAGGGCCCCAAAUGGAUUUCUGUAAAUACUACCAAAUCUGCAAUAAAAAGCACCAUUUUCAUCUGAAUGCUUGCUUUGAAACUCAGGAGAGUUUUUAACAAAUACAAAAAUAUAUUGACUUUAUAAUCUCAUGAUCAUGCAACGUUUUUAUUGCAGGAAAACUUAAAAACAUCGAAGGAAUUGAAAAGUCAACAGAGGAUGACAUUAACAACGAAAACAUCGCCGAGAUCGCCAAAUCUGCCACUGAAGACUUUCACUACUCUGUGCCGUCUCCAUUGCCCGUCGCCAAGAAAGUCCCUAAGCUUAAAACUAUUCCUCAAGGUGAGAGUUUACCUUGUUAUUUUAUUUUGAUGGAGCAAGUUUCAAUUGAAUGUCUAACAUGUCAAAAGAUAUCCAUUUUUGUUGGGUCGGAAUUCCUUCACAGCGCUCUGUCAUUGGCGAUGAAAUUUCACGCCAGCCUCUUGACCAAUCAGAUGGCGCUCCUCACGUUUGAGGCGCUUUGCUUGUUUUUGAUUUAUGUGAGCUCCGAUUUGCUCUUUGCAAAAGUCUCCCUGACCCUGUUUGGGGUUAUAAGUUUUAAAGACAUUAAAUCAAAAAGUGUCCUGAUUUGCGUCUCAAUGAUAUGUUUCUUUCGCCAUCAAACAACGGCCAAAACAUUCGGGCUUAUCGAGGUAAAUUCUUUAGGCACUUUAGUUUUUGAAUACAAGAGCUCGACGAUUACAAAUACAAAUUUUGGUAUUAUUACACCAACGGUUUAUGAUUUGAGACAAAAAAACUGCUCAGUCAACACUUAGAUUGAAACAGUACCUUGAUCUCCUUCUUUUGCUUAGUGAUCAACAUUUAUCAGCCUUAUAAGAUGGCUCAUGUGCCCCACAGAUAUCCUGUGCCUGGUGAGUGUUAGAAUAAACUAACGAAUAACUUGAUAAAUCAAUAGUCAUGCAGCUAAGGCGUACUCCUUCAGUGUUGAAAGCCUUUAUAGCACCCUCAUUAUCUAUUUAAAUAUAUGUUUUUUAGCUUUAGUAAGUUUCACUGGCACUGUUUGGCCGAGAAAAUGUUUCUGUUAAUACUUAGACGGAAGGUGAUAUUCACUUGUGUAAUCCAUGCACACCUCGUUCUAUACUUGGUUAUAAGAGUACAUGCAACUGAAAGUAAUCAAUCAAAUGCAAGUUAGUUAUUAAGGCACUCGAACGAUAGAUCUUUUCUCAAGCCUUGGGCGAGUAAUGCGUGUUUUGGGGCAGGACACUCAUUUUCAAUGCAUCUCUUACCACCCAGAAGUCAACUGAGUACCGGUGAAUAUUCCUUAAAUGUUGCAAAUGUGGCACAGACGUAGGCGCAGUUUGGAUAACCUAUCAUGGCUCUUAAUACUUAACCAGCACCGAAAAUGGGAUGACUUUCUGGGACUAUUUUAGACAGUAAUGUGAUAUAAGCAAUGAAGUAAUUCUAGCUAUACUACCUUCAAUAAAUCUUGUUCUUGUCGCUAACAGUGGCGACAGCAACAGGAAAAACAGCGGUACAGCACACUCCCGCCCGCCCCGCUCUCCAAGCCACGGUACAAAGGAACAAGCCAGCAAGACCAAGCUUGAGCGACUAUCAAAGCAAAUCUCAGAAUUUAGGACUUUCCUUUAAGAGCAACCCAUCUGUCGCGGCUUUUCCAGGCUCUGUGGAGAAUCAAAACACACAGGCGCUAUUCACUAACGCGCUCGGGGAUCAAUACACUCGUCUGGCUUCCAACUACGAUCACCUCGAUCAACCGAAACCCAACCACGACCUACUUCAAACAUUUUAUCCAGGCACAUUUCAAGAAGGCUCACACACUGGAGAAACUGUUGCUGUGGGUCAACCGCUGUUCGUUCAAAAAGCCCGCGUCCAAACCACUACUAAUCCUCAAAACAAAAUGUCCAGCUUCCUAAAAAAUGCAAUAAAUAACUUCAAUAAGCCCUCAUUAAGCACGCCUGCUAGUACCAGUACAUAUAAAGGACCAAGUAUUAACUCUAAACCACAGGUUUUGAAUAAACCUACCACAAAAAUUAAUGCUCAAAGUAGCCCGGACGAAAAUAUCGACGAAAAUCUUGCAGCUAUGCGCGAUCCCGAAAAAGACGACAGCAAUGGUUCAAUCGAUGAAAAACCUACUCCGGAACCUGGAAUUGACGAUAAACCAGCUAACCAAGCCACCAUCAUUCCUUCUAAUGAUCCCAGCUCAUUGUCUUUAUCACAGAGACCUAGAGUACAAUUAGAACCAAUGAAACCUGUUUCAGACAUGUCAAACGGGCUUGGAAAGCCGAUUAUGAAAGGAACCCCUACAUCUGUAAACAAACCGCAGAAUGCUGUAGCUCAACACAACACUGCUCCAGAAAAGCUUCAACAGCCUUCAGUCAACUUUGAUGUCCUCAAAAACAAAAUUAUGCAUACAACCAAUGCAACUUUCCUACGGCGCAUGCUCACGCUUAUUCAAAAGAUCACUCAUCACAAAGACUUUUCGAAACUGCAAGCCCCUGCUCGGAGUCUGGUGACCCAGGCGAACACCGCUGUCCAGGCGCUCACUAAUGCGUAUAAAGAGAGAGUUUCGUCAACACCGCUGGCCGGUGGAAAUGGUGAUCAGCUAUAUCCCCUGAGUAAGAAGUCCGCUGUCCAGAGAUUUAGUCAGGCGUACAACGGGAGAAUUUCAGCUUCGCCGCUUAAUCUCGGAAUUGUUAACCAGAUUUAUAGGAAUGUCUAUCCAGCGACCAAAAAGUCGACUCUCCCAGUGAUGAAUCAAGCGUAUAGCCCAAGGAUCGCAGCCAUAAGACCUGCUAACCAAUUUUAUGGCAACAACUAUUCGGGGCUGACCAAGAAAUUCCAAAUAGCAAGGAAUCCCUAUUACCAGAACUAUUACCAAUACAGACAACCGUAUUACAGUAAUUUGCAGAGUAUGCAAUACGGGUUAUACAACGGCAAUGAACCAUGA